AUGCUGCAGUGCUCUAAAACCUCGAUAUCAGCCGCAGCCGCAGCCGCAGCCGCUUUCUCGUUCUCUCUUCUCCGCCGUAACCGAAACUCUCCCUCACUCUCCACUUUGACUCCUCCGCCGUACCGGAAAUCCUUCUCCUCCCUACCUCCGCCGCCAUCUUCCGCCGCUAUGCCGCCGGCCGCCGCCGCCAUGGCGUCCUAUCCUAAAGACGACGCUUACCUCGCUAGCGUGAUUCCCAAGCGCAUCGAGCUCUUCAAGGCCAUCCAGGCGCAGCAGCUCGCCGAGCGUCAGGCUCUCCCUUCCGAUCCUAUCAAGAUUACAUUGAAGGACGGGAAUGUGAAGGAGGGGAAGAAGUGGGUGACUUCGCCGUUCGACGUUGCGAAGGAGAUUUCAAAGAGCUUGGCGUCGAAUGCGUUGAUUUCUUCGGUCAAUGGAGUGCUGUGGGACAUGAGCAGGCCUCUGGAGGGUGACUGUGACUUGAAGCUGUAUACUUUCGACGAAGAUGAAGGGAGGGACACUUUCUGGCAUUCCAGCGCGCACAUUCUCGGAGAGGCGCUUGAAGCGGAGUAUGGUUGCAAGCUGUGUAUAGGUCCUUGCACAACUAGAGGAGAGGGUUUCUAUUAUGAUGCAUUUUACGGAGAUUUGGGAUUGAAUGAGGACCACUUCAAGAAAAUUGUAUCAGGAGCAGACAAGGCUGUUAAGGACAAACAGCCAUUUGAGCGCAUUGAAGUAUCGAAGGAUCAGGCACUUGAGAUUUUUUCUGAUAAUGCAUUUAAGGUUGAAAUCAUCAAUGAUCUUCCAGCUGACAAAACUAUCACCGUCUACAGAUGUGGCCCCUUAGUUGACUUGUGUCGUGGACCACACAUACCGAACACAUCGUUUGUCAAAGCGUUUGCAUGUUUGAAAGCUUCAUCUGCUUACUGGAGAGGAAAUAAAGAUCGUGAAAGCUUACAGAGAGUUUACGGAAUAUCUUAUCCUGAUAAGAAAAGAUUGCAGGAAUAUCUCAAGAAUCUGGAAGAAGCCAAGAAAUAUGAUCAUAGAUUGUUAGGUACAAAGCAGGAGCUGUUCUUUAAUCACCCACUUAGUCCAGGAAGUUGGUUCUUCCUGCCCAAUGGGACCCGGAUUUAUAACAAGCUUAUGGACUUCAUAAAAAAUCAAUACAGACAAAGAGGAUACCAAGAGGUUAUAUCGCCAAACAUGUACAAUAUGCAACUCUGGGAAACAUCUGGUCAUGCUGCGAAUUACAAGGAUAAUAUGUUUGUCUUUGAGAUUGAGAAACAAGAGUUUGGAUUGAAGCCCAUGAAUUGUCCGGGGCAUUGUUUAAUGUUUCAGCACAGAGUUCGUUCCUAUAGAGAACUUCCUCUUAGAAUGGCUGACUUUGGGGUGUUGCACCGGAAUGAGGCCAGUGGAGCUCUCACCGGGUUAACUCGCGUCAGGAGGUUUCAGCAGGAUGAUGCACAUAUCUUCUGCAGGGAAUCUCAAAUAAAAGAUGAAGUUAAGGGUGUCUUAGAUUUCAUCCAGUACACCUACGAUAUAUUUGGUUUCACUUUUGAUCUGAAGCUAUCUACAAGGCCAGAAAAGUACCUUGGAGAUAUAGAAACAUGGGAGAAAGCUGAGGCAGCGCUGACAGACGCGUUAAACGAAUUUAAAAACGAAUUUGGCAAAGACUGGCAGAUAAAUGAAGGGGAUGGUGCGUUUUAUGGACCAAAGAUAGAUAUCAGUGUAUCUGAUGCAUUGAACAGGAAAUUUCAGUGUGCAACGUUACAGCUGGAUUUUCAGCUUCCUGCUCGCUUUGAGCUGUAUUACUCAGCAGAGGGGGAAGAAGGCAAAAGGGAGGCACCUGUUAUGAUACAUAGAGCCAUUUUGGGUUCUGUUGAGCGUAUGUUUGCUAUACUGUUGGAGCACUAUAAGGGGAAAUGGCCGUUCUGGCUUAGUCCUCGUCAGGCAAUAGUUUGCCCCGUCUCUGAUAAGUCUCAGCCCUAUGCUCAACAGGUCCGGGACAGAAUCUUUCAGGCAGGUUAUUUUGUUGAUGUUGACACUAGUGACCGGACCAUUCAGAAAAAGGUACGAGAAGCUCAAAUGGCACAAUACAACUACAUUUUAGUUGUGGGCGAGGAGGAAGUCAAAACUGGACAGGUGAGUGUACGGGUUAGAGAUAAGGCAGACUCCAUUGUAAAGACCAUGGAUGACCUACUCCAAGAAUUUAAGGAAAAUGUGGAAUCUUUUCGUUGAACUUUUCUAAAGAAGAAUGCUGAAAGUAAUUGUAGACUUCUAUCAAAUGAACACGCAUGAGGGCUUUUUCGGAUACUGAAUUGUCUGAUAUACUAUUACUACAAUGGAUUGUACUGGUGUAUUCACGUUUUGCAGAUUCAAAUGUUGUUGAAGCGUUUGCCAUCUUGUACACUUU